AUGUUUUCUGGCAGAAUAAUUAAGCUGGUGGUUUUUGAGCUUCUUGAGUUCGCUGCCUUCUCUGUCCCUACCCUUGUGAUAAUGGAACAGUUUGCUACUGCCUAUCAGAAGACAAGGGACGGCUCUGACAGGACGCAUUAUUGGCUCAUUGUCUCCUGCUCCAUUGCCUAUGUGGCUGCAAUGAGCCUCUUGAUCUGGGUUCCGAUAAAAGUUGUCUUAUUCAAGAGAUGGCAUCUUUACAAAAAAAUUGUAGGAUGGAGACCUGUUCUGAUGAUGUGUGUGGUGCUCACCACGCUCCCCAGCUUCAGCUUUUCUAUAGCAGUCACCGAGGUUCAAAAGAAUUUCAAUGGGUCACUUAAUUCAGUGCCUGACUCCUUGCCUGACCUUCCAGUGUCUCUGGUUCUGUUCUCCCUGAUCGUGGUUGACAUUAUUGAGAAACUCAGGAUAUACCCUCUAAGAGGGAGUCAACAAAGUCAUGAAGACAAUGACAUCCAUAUAACCUCUUUGCAACAGAUAAAAACUGUGACAGAACAGGUGGUCCAUGGUGAUGAAAAUCCUGCACCUGCCCAGGCAGCCAAGCCCACUGUGAUGUCCCAGCCCCACCACCACAUGACAGUGCUGGUGGGGCCACUGGAGCCCUCAUUUCACUCUGGAAUCCUGAGCACAAUGUCUCACAGAGAUGUCCGAGCCGAGCUGUUCCUGCGAAGCUUCCUCAUGUGGUCAGACACUAUAGAAAUGUUGCGUGUGGCUGGGCACCACUCCGUGUACAAGUCGGGUUGGCUGUACCCGGUCUACAUAUUCAGUUACAUAUCUCUCCUGCGAAUGGUCUUCACGCCCAAGAACCCUCUUCUCAAUUCCAUGGGGGUCCUGCUGCAGGAUUUACCCUUUGUUUUUCUUAGACUCAGUUUAAUCAUUGCCCUGGGGACUAUCACACCAGUACUGGGCCUUUGUAAAAAUGUCCUAGUGACUGUCUCCUACGUUUACUUCAAUUAUGUCACCAAACUCAGGCCUUUCUCUGCCUUUGAAACCUCUCCAUUUUAAGCAGCAAAUGUUAAGAAAGUAAGUCCUCCUGAUUAUGCAUAUAAACACAUUUGUAUAGUGUUUCUAAGCAGAAGCUUUUGCACUA